AUGGCGGCCACGGGGGCGGACUUCCUGGGCGCGGCGGGCUUGGCCGCGAGCCUUGGCCGCGGCGGCCUGCGCGCUGCUGGCAUCGCCGCCGCGCUGCCGCCGCCCAGGGAGGCGAGCGGCGGCGACGGCGGGUUCGGCGGGGCCACGGGCGGGGAGCCUGCCCGGACGGCGCAGAUUCAGCUGCCACUCAACGAGAAGUUUGGGCUCGCGUACACGUGCUGCAAGUGCGAGACCCGCAACGCCGUGGAGGUGGGGCGGAUCGCCUGGAACCAGGGGGUCGUCGUCGCCACAUGCCGCGGCUGCCGAGCCAGGCACCUGCUGGCCGACAGCGGCGGCCUCCUGGACCUCACGAACGAGCUAAACUUUCGUAACGUAGUGGACUUCAUGCAGAACAAGGGAGAAGACGUCAUGACGCUGGAGAGCACAGACGAGGAGGCGCUAAGGGGCAUGAACCUGAGGCUGGACGAGGCCGGGAAGCUGAGAGUCCUCAACCUGACGGUGCCAGACUCUGGGGAGGAGGGCGAUACGCUGACGGUGCAGACCGAGUUCGGCCUCCUGCACGUGCCCGUGCCCGGCGGGGCGGCCGCCGGGCAGAGGCUGGAGGUGCGGGGGAUGAUGGAGGUGAGCCUGCCUCAGGAGGGCAGGCCGCGCUGGGUGCAGGCCGGGGGCGCCGGCGAGUGGCGCAAGGCCGAAUCCUGGGAGGUGGGCGACGUCGUCGCGGUCAACAUGCCGGAGGGCGGGAACGUCCAGGUGCAGAUCCCGGAGAGCGCGCUGGAGGACGGGCUCCUCCGCAUCGGGUACCCUGUCGUCGCGCUGCCUGGGCCGGCCUGA